AUGGGUUUGCGGUCGGGGCUGAUGUGCAUGUCGAACAUAGCUCUGAUAUGCUUAGGGUUUGUCAUGAUGGGAACCGGUCUUUACAAAAAGAGAACAGUGUCACAAUGCUUGCCGAACACUGGACCGGCCUUUCUCCUGAUAGGAUUGCUCUUGUUUGUGAUCCCUCAGCUCGGGCUUUACGCCACCUGUUGUCGCUCCAAACGCCUUUUCUCGGUAUAUUUCUACUCGAUGGUGGUGGUCAUUCUCGUGGCCGGUGGCUACUCUUUAAAGUGCUUCGUCUACGUCACCAAUUUUAGGAUAACCCGUGAUCCUUAUAUGGACGCCCGACCCGUCGACCAGUUCUUCGGCCGGCUUGUCUCCAAGGAGCAGUACCUUAGGACCAAGAGCUGUAUUGUUAGGACAGCUGAUUGCAACAUCAAUGGCAGUGAGCACAGUUAUGUUUGGAAGUAUUGUUGCGUGCAACCGGACGGAUGCGGGGACAAGCAGAUGUUCGGAAAGGCCGGAGAGUGGAAUUGGAAAACGCAGUACCUAAACCCAAACAUAGUGCCGGAAGAAUGUGCGUACGAGUACUGUCUGGACUGCAAAGGGUGCGAGCUGAGCAUAUUGGGAUCCAUUGUCAAUCAAUGGAGGUUCCUCUCUGUCUUCUCCGACUCCGCCCUCGUCGUCUCUUUCGUCGCCUUCUCCAUGGCUUGGUCCUUACUCCGAAGCAUCAACCAGUCAGACGAUUACCGAGGCUCUUACAGUUGA